AUGGCUCCGUUCAUACGCAGACGUAUCCUGCUCAUCACCAACGUCGAGUGUGGCGAGCUCGAUCUCUUCCUCGCCACUGCUCAGUCUCUCCUCGAGACUGAUCCUGGCCUGGAUCUUCAUCUCGCCACCUUCUCUGGCCUUGACGAUGAUGCUCUCCCUGUUGGCGUCAUCUAUCAUCAAAUCAACGGCAUCUCCAUGUAUCAAGCUCUCGAGGAGCUCUACAAUCGCACCCAGGAUGAGGGUAGCAUCUCUGAGCCCUUCGCUGGGCCACCUGGAUUUAGAAAAACCAGGCGCGCCAUCCGUGCCUACGCAUCUCAGAUCAUGCCCUACACCGGACGCCAGAUGGUUGACGUCUUCACUUCCAUCGUUGACAUCAUCAGGAACUUGAAUCCUGAUUUGGUUGUCGUCGACAGCCUCAUGUCGGCGGGCUUGACUGCCUGCUACCAUUUGGAGGUCAAGUUUGUGUGCCUUGGGCCCAACUCCAUCAAGGAUUUUGCGGCCUCUGAGCAGCCUCGCAAGGCUGGCCACUGGAAGUUUCCUGCGCUCUUCUCCCAGUUUGAGUAUCCUGUGCCAUGGAGCAAGGUGCCUCUCAACUUUCAUUUCUCCCUCUACACUGCCAAGGCCAUUAAGAAUGACCCGCAGCGAAAGGAGGUGCAGUCGUACCUGACUGCCCAUACCAUUCUUCGAGGUCCCCUCGAUCUUCUCAAGAAUCGUCCUGAGGGCCUCAAGAUCUUGGUCAGUUCUCUUCCAGAGCUGGACUUUCCUCUCGUGGUUCCAUCCCACGUCGUCCCUUGCGGCCCCAUUAUUCGUCGCUGCCAACCCCUUGAGGAGACGGACGCCAAGCUCGCUGAGUGGCUUGCCCAUGGACGAACCAUCUACGUCAACAUGGGAGCCGUCGUCAAGGUGCCCGUGGAUCAAGCUAUCGAGAUUGCCAAGGCCUUGAAGAUGGUCGUCGAUACUUUUAACCGCCAGGCUGAAAAGGGCCGUCUUCAGGUCCUUUGGAAGCUCAAAAAGAAGGGUCGCUACUCCGUCUAUGAACCGACCUGCAGCAUUGCCAAGAUCCUUCGCCAGGAAUUUGCUCAUGAUCGUGUCCGCAUUGUGGAUUGGGUUCAACCUGAACCUGUUUCUAUCCUUCGCACCGGCAAUGUCGUCUGUUCUGUCCAUCACGGCGGAGCCAACUCGUUCAACGAGGCUAUUCUUGUCCUUCCUGUCUGGGGACAUUGCUACGACUAUGCCCAACGCGUGGAACGUCUCGGUGUCGGCCGCUGCGGCAAUCCCACCACUAAGCCUCGAUGGACUGCAGAAGAACUCUCUCGUGAGCUUCUCAACGUCUUGGUUGGCGAUGAGGCCAAGGCUAUCAAGGCAAAUGCCUUGGCUGUCAAGAAGAUUUGCAAGCAGAACGGCAGUGGUGCUGACUGUGCUGCUAUGGCCAUUUUGAACGAGUGCGAGAUGUAAGCCGAGCUCAGGCAGGCCGAAGAAGGGCCUUUGUGCUCUAUGGGAAUCUGGGAACAGUAAAUGAACGCCAAAGGAUUUUAUGGCUGGUGGAUUACCAUGCGAAUAUCAAUGGAUUGGGACAUGAACAUAAUGGAAUUUAGUUCAAUAAAAGUGGCCGUUGUCGCCCUUGUUGCUUUACCUUUGUUUGUUUGUUUGGUUCUUGCUUUGCUCCUUAACAACCGCCCUAGUGAAGAUUACAUGUGGCUGACAAUAGGAAAUCAUACCAAUGCUGCGGCACAUCUUGGUGAGUUAUCCCUACCACAUCGCCAAGCUUGCCGUCAUUUAUUAUCUCCUGCAUUCUUAGCAGACGGCCAACUCUACGAUCACGAAACACAAAAGAAACCACGACUCUUCUUGGCAGAGAUGAAUACAGCAGAGCAUCGCAACGUCCUUAUUGGAUGAAGGACUCCGUUACUCCCGCCCAUCUUAUGCC